AGUGGUCACGCAAACCAACAUACACUCGCCACAAUCGCCGGCGGUUACUGACAACUACAAAAUUCACUUGCUGCUCACUCGUAUCCGAGUGGGCGGCACCGCUAAUAGGGCCCCUCCCCACUCGGAUACGAGUGGUGUAAGAAAACAAGUCGUGCCUCCCAGCAUUUACGUUUUUCGGGACCGAGAUAAUUAUCUUCUAUAUACAUCUGAUAUAGAUGCUAGCGUUCUUAAAGACGGAGUAUCGGCAGGUCUUAGGUCUCUGACGAUCGACUACAUUUUCCCUUGUAACGAAACCUUCGUGUACAUCAGUGACGAUAACGGUAACGCUGUCAUUGCCUUUUCGUUUGAGGAAAAACGUUUCUGGAGGAUCGAACGUCAAAUCACUGGAAGCGAAGCUUGGACUUUCCCCAUACCGCAAUCCAUUUUACUGUACGCUGAAAAUGUUAUAAGAUACAGGAAAAGUCCGAACGAGACAUUUGUACAUUAUUUAGAUAUUUUGAAAAAUACGAAGAUUUCCCAACGUUCCGGCCAAGAUGUUACUGUGGAUCUUAGUGAAAUAAAUACAAAUCCAAGAGGAGUUUUAUACGACAGAAAUUAUGACGGCAACAUUUUAUUUUUCACGGAUGAAUCUCGCACUAAUCUGUACUGUUGGAACAUGGACACGCCGAUGGAUGAGGACAACAUUGAACUGCUCACUGAUGUUUCCAGGAAAAACGACUUUUACAUAAGCGCUUUAAAUACAUUAGGGGCAGGAUUUUAUUUCAUGGUUAAUAGAUUUAGGGGCUUAGUUGACAAUAUCUAUGAUGGAAAUGCAAUCAAUUUCGCUGAUUACCG